ACCGGGAAAGGGAAUAACAAUUGAAAUGUAAAUAAGAAAUACUCAAGUUAAUAAAGAUGGAAAAAAAAGUGUUGACUAAAGUAAAUCAAGGCUGUCUCCUCAAACCAGCACUCUUAUUCCUUAAAUAAAAAAAAGAAAGAAAUAAAAUGAAAUUUAAAAAAAUAAAAGAAACCUACAUGUAGUAGUAACUUGUACCAGAACAAUACUAAGUUUUCUUAUACCUUCCUUUCAUUCUCUGAACUGGUUCCCUGAAGCAAAACAGAAACAAGGGGAGAAAAGUAAAUUUGACUAUAUCUGGACCAGCUGUUACCUUGGCCUUUAAAAAAAAAAAAAACUCAUUUAUCAUUAUGUUCUGACCCCAGCUAAUCUUAAAGAGUGACCCAUCCAGAAUUAUGUAAUAACAAGCUCACUAAAAUCUAGGCCAGUAAUGCAUUAAGUAUUUGGUGCUGUACAGUGAAGGAGCUUAUAUUCCCCAGGAACAUAUAGUCUGGUUGAAGUCACAGUGUAUGCAGAACCGGAGAAGUGUGCAUUCUGCCGAGACAGAAUUGGCUUCGAGGGACGGGAAACGCAAACUAACAGUGCCCCCAAUAAGAUUCAAGUUGGACUGAGUGUUAGGACACUUGCUUAGCAUGCAUGAGGCCCUGGGAUGUGUCCUCCAGCACCCAGGUGGGGUAGAGUCAAGGAACAGAUAUCUUUCUUUCCCAUGGAAGUCCAGGAUGGGACACAGUUUGUCUGGUACACAUCAGUGCCAGAACCCAGGCACUCUGACUUUGUAUAUUCAUGUAGAAGCCAGAGGACAACUCUGGGUAUUGCUCCUCAGAUACUGUCCCUGGAUUUUACUUUUAUGAGGCAGGGUAUCUCACUGGCCUAGAGCUUGGCAAACAGACAAGUCUGGUUGACCAGUGAUGCCCAAGAAGCUGCCUGUCUCUACCUCUUUAACGCUGGGAUUACAGAUGUGCACCACCACACCCAUGUCUUGCUUUUUUAAAAUUUAUUUUUAUGUGUAUAUGUUUUUGCUUACAUUUGUCUGUGUGACACAUACAUGCCUGCUAGCUGUGGAGGCCAGAGAGGGUGUCUGAUCCCCAGAGAUUAGAGUUACAGUCAUGAGCUGCAACAUGAACCCACAUCCUCUGGAAGAGCAGCUAAUGUUCUUCACCGUGUCCAACCCCUCCAGCAGUUUAUAAGUUCUGGGACCAGACUCAGGUUUUUACUGUACAGACCGAGCCAUUUCCACAGUCCAGGUUUUUUUGUUGUUUAAGGUUUGGUUUUGUUGUUUAAUUAUGGUUUUUUCCAAGGAGCCAUUGAGUACUUUAACUCUAGCAUGUAUGUGAUGUACAUAUGUGUGGCAUGUGUGUGAUGUACAUAUGUGUGGUGUGUAUAUGAUGUACAUAUGUGUGGUGUGUAUGUGAUGUACAUAUGUGUAGAUAGGAAGGAGCUCACCCAUGUGAGCAGCUGGGUGUUCUCUGUCACUCUCCCUCCCUUUGCCUUUCCUUCUCUCUCUUUCCUUGGGAGUGGGGCAAGGUCUCUCACUGAACUAUUUUAUGUAAGCAAGCCUCUUAGCCACACCUGUCUCUCUCUGUGUUGCACUGCCCAAAGUGUGCACAACUCUCACACUUGCUCACACAGAAACAUGUGCAGGCAUGCACAUACACAUGCACACUCUGGGUUUACUUUUUUCUGCCAUGCCUGGCUUUUACAUGAGUGCUGGGACUCUGAACUCAGGUCCUCAUGCUUGCAUGGUAAAAACAUUACCCAAUGGGCCAUCGCUCCAGCCCCAUCAGUUCAGCUCUAAUUAUUAUUUAUGAAUCCUAAUACCCAAGAAGGAAUAAAAGAGGGGUAGAAACCCCCUCUCAUUCUUUAAAGAUGCACACCUAAGGGGCCGAGAGCUCAGCUUAGGGCUAGAGCCCAGCUUAUUGCUACGGUGCAUGCCUAGCACGUGGGAGGUCCUGGAUUCAACUCCCAGGAACUUAGCCAAAAUGGAUUGUUUUCAUCUCCUUAGGUGUCCCCAGGAGACCAGCGGAGAAGCUGAAAAUACACUUGAUAAGUCUGAUAGGAAAAGGAGAGAGAUUGGGAAGCUGAGUUAGAAGAAAGGAGAGAGGGUCUUUAUUUCCUUUUUUUAAAAUUUUGUUGAGAAAUUUUCAACAUUAAGAUGUGUUUUGAAGCACGCCUCACUACUUUUUUUUUCUACUUAGAGAAAGCACUAUUUUUGUUCUGUCCUCUGAAGGACAGUGCCCCUUUGAUUCACUGCAGAGCCCACUUAUUGUGGAAAUAGUUUAAGGUUAAAGUUUGACUGCCUUCACGUGUAUCUCUCCUUUCAGCUUGUGGUUGUAUUUGGGGGUGUAGUAACGGUGAUGUCUGGAUUUCAGUGAUCAGUAGCAUUUCCAGCAUUGCGAGUGGUACCUUGGGGUAAUGUGAAGACCCCCCUCAGGGGAGGAAGGAUGAGGGAGGAUGAGGGUACCACACCGAGGAAACAGCUGUUGCAACAACAGACUGAGUUCUGACUACUUCUCCCGGUCUAGAUUAGAAAUUAUUUUAAGUUAACUUUCUGUCUUAGUAACUCACUUUCUGUAAAAAUAACAUUUUUUAAGAGUGAGAAAUGAAUAAUUGCCACUCAUUGUUCUUGAGACUAGCUAGGUAAGCAUAUUAGAAAACACUGAUGAAAGGUCUAGAUUAUGUAAUGGUAGUCUAGGAAAUAAUUAUGGUGGUACUGACAGGGGGUGCUGCUGUUAGGUGGUCCACUGUGAGAUCCACCUGAGAGAUGAAGAUGUAUCUUAGUAGCCAAGCGCUUGCCUAGCAUGCCCAAGGCUUUGUUUUCAUCCUUAGUACACAUAUCCACAAGCGAGCACAAAAAUGACCUCUAACCUUUUGCAGUCAGAGCUCUUUUUAUCAGAGUUGGCAUGCCCAGAAGAUGUACUCUGUGUUCAGAACGCCCAUCCUCCUUGGAAAAGAAGACAUGAAUGUCACUAACUUACAAGGACAAAUGGAGAAAUCCCUUCCACCUCCUAGACUUACUGAGGCUCCCAUGCAGUCUAUAUAAAGAACAUUGACUGGUUGAUCCCUCACUGAGAACAAAAAUUUUGAAAGUAUUGUUCUUGGAGUCCACAGGAGUGAAUGAGGGCCACUCUCUCACAUAAGGAAGAGCCUUGAUGGAAGGCCAGAUCGAAGCAAGGUGCAGUGGGUAGCCUUUGCCCCAAAGAGACCAUUCUAAGAAAGCCCAGGGUAGCACGCCUGGUCAGGCAGUGGGCAAUGCAAAGGCAGGGCAGGCCUUGUUGAGACAGACAGGCUGCUGCCAUCUUGGUUAACCUCCAGUCCCUGUGUCGUGCCUUGUGACACUCCCAUUACCUAUGAGCACUCAAAUAUGUAAAAAAAAAAAAAUGAGACCUGGACUGGAUUCAGAUGAAUAAGAUAAAACUACGAGAGCAUUAGAAAGCUGCUGAGUGAAUUUCAAGUCAGAGGCAAUAGGACUGAAAGGAGGAUUUCAAUAAAAUGAUAUAAGAGAUGACACUUGAAAGAGUAGUCUUUUUUGUUUGUUUGUUUGUUUGUUUGUUUGUCUUUUGUUUUCCCCCGGAGCUGAGGACGAAAGAGUAGUCUUGAUGCCAGCUAUGUCUGAGGUUUUCUCGUUCCUCACAUACAGGAAGUGUUUGACACUUAUGGCCACACAGCCACUAGUUUUAGAAAUAUCACGACUAAAAAUUUAACCACAAUCAUAAAAUAUUAACUGGCUAUUCCACAGAGCCACAGAGCCACUAAGGUUUAGGUCUCAUCAAAGAUAACCCAAAUUGAUGCUUUGGCUUGUGGCAAUUAGAGUAGCCUUUGAGAGGAGGGGACAGAGAAGUGGUGAGCCGAGGAAAAGCUGUUUGAAAUGUCACUAGUUCUUGAGGAGCCUUAACAACUUAAUAUUUUGAUACAGGGUGUUAUGUAGCCCAGGCUGACCUUGAAUUCUCUUUAUAGCUGACACUGACCUUGGAUUCCUGAUGCUCCUUGCUUCCUAUCCAUAUUCUAGAUUAUAGGUAUGCACCAGCACACAAAGGUCCUUGGACAACUUUUAUACCCUUAGAUGUGUAGGUGCUCAGCUCAUAAGCAACUCUUUAAAAUGCAAUAAAUAUUGUCUACCAAGAUAAUGGCGGGCUGUAGGGAUGGCUUGGGCAUGAGUUCAGAGUGAAUGCGGCUCUUCCAGAGAAGCCCAGUUCAGUUCUGAGCGGCUCUUCCAGAGAUGCCCAGUUCAGUUCUGAGCACCCAUGUCAGGCAGCUCAUGGGCCUGUAGGUGUUUAACUAGGGAUGAACCAAGAGGCAGCAUAGUCUCAGGCAUAAGGAACUUGCUGUUGCCUGGUUUUUAUUUCACCUAUAGUCAGGGAGUCCUUUCACUCAGCCUGGGUUUUCACUCCUUGAACCUCUUCUGCUCAUCUUUUUGUUUCUGCUUGGAAACCUUGUGUUCAUCCUCCAUCUCCUUGGCCAGCUUCUUAAACCAUCGCAAGGGCUUUUACCUUUGUAAUCUGACAGUACUUGUUGUUCCUUCUCUGAGCCUAAGGCAGAAACUUGAUAGGUCAUUUUUAAUUUCAUGUCACAAUGUAUAUAAUUAACUAAUAUUAUUAUGACUACUCUUGGCUUCUUUUGUUUACUGUUUACAUGAUAACCUUUUUCAUUGUUUAACUUUCAAAGUGUCUCGAUUUUUGAAUGUAAUAGCAGAUAUAGUAGGUUGUAAUUCCAGUACUAGGAAAUUUUAAACUUAAUAGCAGAUAUAGUAGUCUGUAAUUCCAGUAUUUGGAAGGGAGAAGUAGGAGGUUUAGGAGUUCAAGAUUAUCCUCAGCUACAUAGUGAUUUCAAUUCCAGCUUACAAAAGACUAAAAAAACUGAAAAGCCAAGCCAGGCAGGGUGGUGCACACCUUAGUUGUAUCACUUUGGAGGCAAAAUAGACAAAUCUCUGUGAGUUCAAGGACAGCCUAGUCUACAUAGUGAGUUCCAGGACAGACACAGAACUAUAUAUAGAACCCCUGAAAUGAAAAUCAAAAUAAAUAAAACUCCACAAACUGUGUGUGUACCUGCAUGGAUAUGCCCAUAUAUUGGACCAUUUUUAUCUAGUCUGACACUUUCUACUUUUCUUCUUUUUUUUACUUUAAAUUUUAUUUUUUCUUGGAUACUUUAUGUAUUUAAAUUUGAAAUGUUAUCCCCUUUCCCCCCCUCUCCAAAAACCCUUCCUCCGUUCCCUUAUUUCUAUGAGGAAGCUCCCACUCCCACCUCAAUGCCCUGGCAUUCCCCUACACUUGGGAAAUGAGCCUUCGCAGGACCAAGGGCUUCUCCUCCUAUUGAUGCUGGACAAUGACAUCCUCUGCUACAUAUGUGGCUGAAGUCAUGGUUCCCUCCAUGUGUACUCAUUAGUUAGUGGUUUAUUCCCCGGGAGCUCUGGUAGGCUCUGGUUGAUAUAAUUGUUUUUCCUAUAAGGUUAUAAACCCCUUCAGCUCCCUCAGUCUUUUCUCUAACUCCUCCACUGGGGUCCCUUUGUUCAGUCCAAUGGUUAGCUGCAACCAUCCUCAUCUAUAUCAGUAGGGCGCUGGCAGAGCCUCUCAGGAGACACCCAUAUCUGGCUCCUGUCAGGAAGCACUUCUUGGCAUCAGCAAUAGUGUCUGGGUUUGGCGGCUGCAUAUGAGAAGGAUCUCCAGGUUGGGCAGUCUCUGGAUGGCCUUUUCUUCAGUCUCUGCUCCACUCUUUGUCCCUGUAGUUCUUCCUGUGAGUAUUUUGUUCUCCCUUCUAAGAAGGAAUGAAGUACCCACAUUUUGGUCUUUUUUCUUCAUAUGAUCUGUGAAUUUUAUCAUAGGUAUUCCAAGCUUUAGGGCUAAUAUUCACUUAUAAGUGAGUGAAGUCCAUGUGUGUUCUUCUGUGACUGGGUUACUUCAUUCAGGAUGAUAUUUUCUAGUUCCAUCCAUUUGCCUAUGAAUUUCAUAAAGUCAUUGUUUUUGAUAGCUGAGUAAUAUUCCAUUGUGUAGAUGUACCACAUUUUCUGUAUCCAUUCCUCUGUUGAAAGGCAUCUGGGUUCUUUCCAGCUUCUGGCUAUUAUAAAUAAGGCUGCUAUGAACAUAGUGGAGCAUGUGUCCUUAUUAUAUGUUGGAGCAUCUUUUGGGUAUAUGCCCAGGAGUGGUAUAGCUGGGUCCUCAGGUAGUGCAAUGUCCAAUUUUCUGAGGAACCUCCAGACUGAUUUCCAGAGUGGUUGUACCAGCUUACAAUCCCACCAACAAUGAAGGAGUGUGCUUUUCUCCACAUCCACAUCUGCUGUCACCUGAGUUUUUGAUCUUAGUAAUUCUGACUGGUGUGAGGUGGUAUCUCAGGGUUGCUUUGAUUUGCAUUUCCCUGAUUAUUAAGGAUGUUGGACAUUACUUUAGGUGCCUCUCAGCUAUUCAGUAUUCUUCAGUUGAGAAUUCUUUGUUUAACUCUGCACCACAUUUUUUUUAAAUUUAUUAUAUAUAAGUAUACUGUAGCUGUCUUCAGACACACCAGAAGAGGGCAUCAGAUCUCAUUACAGAUGGUUGUGAGCCACCAUGUGGUUGCUGGGAUUUGAACUCAGGGUCUCUGGAAGAGCAGUCAGUGCUCUUAACCACUGAGCCAUCUCUGCAACCCUGCACCACAUUUUUUAAUAGAAUUAUUUGAUUCUCUGGAGUCUUCUUGAUUAUUUGAUUCUUCUGGAACUUCUUGAGUUCUUUGUAUAUAUUAGAUAUUAGCCCUGUACCAGAUGUGGGGUUGGUAAAGACCUUUUCCCAAUCUGUUGGUUGCUGUUUUGUCCUAUUGACAGUGCCCUUUUCCUUACAGAAGCUUUGCAGUUUUAUGAGGUCCCAUUUGCUGAUUCUUGAUCUUAGAGCAUAAGCCAUCGGUGUUCUUCUGUUCUGGAAAUUUCCCACUGUGCCUAUGUGUUUAAGGUUUUUUCCUACUUUCUCUUCUAUUAGUUUCAGUGUAUCUUGUUUUAUGUGGAGAUCUUUGAUCCACUUGGACUUGAGCUUUGUAUAGGGUGAUAAGAAUGGAUCCAUUUGCGGGGCUGGGGAUUUAGCUCAGUGGUAGAGCGCUUACCUAGGAAGCGCAAGGCCCUGGGUUCGAUCCCCAGCUCCGAAAAAAAGAACCAAAAAAAAAAAAAAAAAAAAAAAAAAAGAAUGGAUCCAUUUGCAUUCUUCUACAUGCAGACCUCCAGCACCAUUUGUUGAAAAUGCUGUCUUUUUUCCACUGGAUGGUUUUGACUCCUUUGUCAAAGAUCAAGUGACGAUAGGUGUGUGGGUUCAUUUCUGGGUCUUCAAUUCUAUUCCAUUGAUCUACCUGCCUGUCUCUGUACCAAUUACAUGCAGUUUUUAUCAUGAUUGCUGUAUAAUAAAGCUUGAGGUCAAGGACGGUGAUUCCUUCAGAUGUUCUUUUAUUGUUGUGGAUAGUUUUCACUUUCCUAUUUUUUUCUUUUCCAAAUGAAUUUGCAAAUUGCUCUAAGCCUAUGAAGAGUUAAGGUGGAAUUUUCAUGGAGAUUGCAUUGAAUUUGUAGAUUGCCGUAUUUACGACAUUAAUCCUGCCAAUCCAUGAGCAUGGGAGGUCUUUCCAUCUUCUGAGAUCUUCUUUCCUUUCCUUCUUCAGAGACUUGAAGUUCUUGUCAUACAGAUCUUUCACUGGCUUGGUUAGAGUCACAUAGGGUAUUUUAUAUUACUUGUAGCUAUUGUGAAGGGUGUCAUUUCCCUAAUUUCUUUCUCAGUCUGUUUAUCCUUUGAGUAGAGGAAGGCAACUGAUUUGUUGGAGUUAAUUUUAUUUCCUGCCACUUUGCUGAAAUUGUUUAUCAGCUGUAGGAGUUCUCUGGUGGAAUUUUUGGGGCCACUUAAGUAUACUAUUAUAUCAUCUGCAACUAGUGAUACUUUUGACUUCUAUCUUUCCAAUUCCUUUGACCUCUUCUUGUUGUCUAAUUGCUCUGGCAAGUACUAUAUUAAAUAGGUAUUGAGAGAGUGGGCAGCCUUGUCUAGUCCCUGAUUUUAGUGGGAUUACUUCAAGUUUCUCUCCAUUUAGUUUGAUGUUGGCUAAUGUUUUGCUGUAUAUUGCUUUCAUAUGUUUAGGUAUGGGUUUUGAAUUUCUGAUCUUUCCGAGUCUUUUAUCAUGAAAGGGUGUUGAAUUUUGUCAAAUGCAUUCUCAGCAUCUAAUUAAAUGAUCUUUUUUUUUCCCUUGAGUUUGUUCAUAUAGUGGAUUACGUUGAUAGGUCUCUAUAUGUUGAACCAUCCUUGCAUCCCUGAGAUGAAGACUUCUCAAUCAUGUUGAAUGAUCAUUUCAAUGUGUUCUUGGAUUUGUUUGCAAGAAUUUCAUUGAGUAUUUUUGCAUCAAUAUUCAUACGGGAAAUUGUUCUGAAGUUCUCUUUCUCUGUAGGAAGGGUCUUUGUGUGGUUUUGGUAUAAGUGUAAUUGUGGCUUCAAGGAACGAGUUGGGUAGUAUUCCUAUUUUGUGGAAUAGUUUGAAGAGUAUUGGUAUUAGGCUUUCUUUUGAAGGUCUGAUAGAAUUCUGCACUAAACCUAUCUGGUCCUGUUUUUGUUGUUGUUGUUGUUGUUGUUGUUGUUGUUGUUUUUUUUUUUUUCCCCGGUUGGGAGAGUUUUAAUGACUGCUUUAUUUCUUUAAUGACUGUUUGGAUGGUUACCUGAUCCUGAAUUAACUUUGGUACCUGGUAUCUGUCUAAAAAGUUGUCCAUUUCAUCCAGAUUUUCCAGUUUUGUUGAGUAUAGGCUUUUGUAGUAGGAUUUGAUAAUUCUUUGAAUUUCCUCUGUUUCUGUUGUUAUGUCUCCCUUUUCAUUUCUGAUUUUGUUAAUUUGAAUACACUCUCUGCCCUCUGGUUACUCUGGCUAAGGCUUUAUCUAUCUUGUUAAUUUUCUCAAAGGACCACCUCUUGGUCUUGUUGAUUCUUUGUAUAGUUCUUUUUGUUUCUACUUGGUUGAUUUCAACUCUGAGUUUGAUUAUUUCCUGCCAUCUACUCCUUUUGGGUAAAUUUCCUUCCUUUUGUUCUAGAGCUUUCAGAUGUGCUAUCAAGCUGUUACUGUAUGCUCUUUCCAAUUUCUUUUUGGAGGUACUUUGAGCUAUGAGUUUUCCUGCUUUCUGUAUCCCAUAAGUUUGUGUGUAUGUUGUGCCUUCAUUUUCAUUAAAUUCUAAAAAGUCUUUAAUUUCUUUCUUUAUUUCUUCUUUGACUGAGUUAUCCUUGAGUAGUGUGUUCAGCUUCCAUUUGUAUGUGGCCUGUCUGUUGUUUUUGUUGUUAUUGAAGACCAUGGUAAUCUGAUAGGAUGCGAGGGAUUAUUUCAAUCUCCUUGUAUCUAUUGAGGCCUGUUUUGUGAGCAAUUAUGUGGUCCGUUUUUGAGAAGGUGUCAUGAGGUACUAAGAAGAAGGUUCAUUCUUUUUUGUUUUAGGAUGAAAUGUUCUACAGAUAUCUGUUAAAUCCAUUUGGUUCACAACUCCUGUUAGUUUCACUAUGUCUCUGUUUCUGUUUCCAUGAUCUGUGCAUUGAUGAGAGUGAUGUGUCAAAGUCUCCCACUAUUAUUGUAUGUGGUGCAAUGUAUGCUUUGAGCUUUAGUAAGGUUUCUUUAUGAAUGUGGGUACCCUUGCAUUUGGAGCAUAAAUGUUGAGAAUUGAUAGUUCAUCUUGGUAGAUUUUUCCUUUGUGAGUAUGAAGUGUCCAUCUGUAUCUUUUUUGAUAACUUUUGGUUGAAAGUCGAUUUUAUUUGAUAUUAGAAUAACUACUCCAGCUUGUUUCUUGGUACAAUUUGCUUUAAAAAAAUUUUCUCAGCCUUUUACCCUUAGGUAGUAUCUGUCUUUGUCACUGAGGUGUGUUUCCUUUAUGUAGCAAAAUGCUGGGUCCUGUUUAUGUAUCUAGUCUGUUAGUCUAUGUCUUUUUAUUGGGGAAUUGAGUCCAUUGAUGUUAAGAGAUAUUAAGAAAUAGUGAUUGUUUCCUGUUAUUUUUGUUGUUAGAGGGAAUUAUUUUUGUUUGGCUCUCUUGUUUGUUUGUUUGUUUGUUGCAAGAAGA